UCAGAGCCGCUAGUACGUUUAUAUUAUUAUUAAUAUAUAUUUAUAUUUCGUUUUAAUUUACAAGUUUUCCAUCGUUCAUAAUUUUAAUAUUUUUAUACCGUUUUAUACAAUAAUAAAGUGUUUAUAGAUAGGCGUAAUUACAACGUAAACAUAAAGUUACUACACCGGCAAGGAGUUGAGGCGCAACAUUUACGGAGGGAGUUUUUCGACAAUUACGCGGUUUAAGUUCGACCAAGUUUCGGCCGGCCGGAGUUUGACAGUUCGCCGAUUGGAAAAUUUAAAAAAAUUGACGUUUUGAAAUACAACAUGGCGGACUGUGUGUUUGUCAUCGAGUUCGGCGGGUUCGACGACCUCGCCGGGGUCCACUAGCCAUGCUCAACUUCCAUAACAUUUGACGGCUGCUGUAUCCAUGCGGCGGUGACGCGAUGUCUGUCGCGCCAGCGGUCAAGCGCGAGCUGGACCUGGAGAGCGGCGGCAGCAGCCCCGGCCGCAAGCGCCGCAAGCAGGCGGCCCCGACGCGCGCGCAGCCGCAGCACCUAGCGCCCCCGCCCAUCGACCUGCACGCCAAGAUGGCCGACAUCUACAAGAGCGCGCUCGCCUUCGGGGAGCUGGCGCUGCCCACCUUCGACCCGCUCGCAGCCUUCCGCCUGCUGCCGCGACACGAGCCCCCGCGCAUCUUCAACCCCGAGGCGUACUGUGACCUCUGCUGCAAAGAGUUCUGUAACAAGUACUUCCUGAAGACCCAUCGCGCUAACAAGCACGGGAUCUACGACGGUGGCGACCCGCAGCCCGCAGCCCCACCACCCGCGCAACCCUCACCCCCGCGCCGCUCCUCCGACGAGGAGUCAGGGGGAACACCACGUCGUCUCUCACCAGAUUCCGCCCGACGUGCGCGAGAGUCUGGUUUCCAGCCUGACGCACUGCGCCGGUUAGGAGUGGUCAAUCCUGAAGCGUUCUGUGAAAUAUGCUGUAAAGAGUACUGCAACAAAUACUUCCUGCGGACGCACCGGGAGCGGCGGCACGGCGUGCCCGCGCGACGCUCUCCCGUCAACGACCACUCGCCCCCGUCAGCCACGCCACCUGCCGGCCCGCUGUGCACACCACUCGGCACUCCGUUGACAACGCCGCUGACAACUCCACCAGCCCUAUCAGGACCACCGCCUGACACGCCACCACGCUCGCAUUCUCUGCCGCCACCUUUAGACCCUGAAGAAAUGGCUGAAGUGAAACGUGAAUGUGAAGAAGACCUUGAAGCUGCGUUACGUGAUGGCCAAACAAGUCCACUAAACCUUAUAGUGGAAGAAAGGGGCGUGGCCUCGCCCGGCUCUGCGAGCGAAGAGUUACGCAAGCUGCAGACGAUGAUAUCCCAGCUGAACGAGCUGGCGGCCGAGCGGCUGGCGGACGAGCCCAACGACCCGGGCCCGCGCCCCCCCUCCGCCUCGCCCCCACCACCUGACGAGCGACGUGCCUCCUCCUCUGGCUCGAGUUUCUGUGAGAUUUGCAACAAAGAGCUGUGCAAUAAGUACUUCAUGCGCACCCACAUGCAGCGCAUGCACGGCAUCUCACUAGAGAGCGGCACCCAGCUGGGCGGCGUCACGUGCGACAUCUGCCACAAGGAGCUGUGCAGCAAGUACUUCCUGCGCGUGCACAAACACAACACGCACGGCAUCCCCGCGCCGCCCGCGCCCGCCACCACCGCGCCCGCCGAGCCGUGCCCUCUGUGCGCGCGAAGGUUUCGUGGCCCACGAGCUCUGCGCGCGCAUCUACUAGCUGAGCACGCGCCCCCAGCGCGACCACCGCCGCCUCCCCCGCGACCGCUCGACCUGCUCGCGCGAGACAAGCCUUACGCCUGCUCGUAUUGUCCAUUCACCACCGAUGUGCUCGCGUUCCUGUUCGCGCACGAGCGCGCGCACGCGCAGCAACAAGCGAUAGAGCCACCCGAGCUGCCACCAGAGCCUCCUGGGAGUGCGUGCGGGAGUGAGAUGGAGGGCGGUGAGGUGGGCCCCGAGAGCGGCGAGGGCGAGGGUGAGGCGGACGCGCAGUACUCGUGCUCGCGCUGCGAGUUCCGUGCGGAGGGCUUCGCGGCGCUGGAGGCGCACCUGCGCGCGGCGCACGGCAGCGCGGGCGCGCUGCUGGCGGUGCCGCGCGCGCCGCAGGCCCCGCUGACCAUGCAGCCCUUCGUGGUGGAGGAGGCGGGCGGCGCGCUGAGCCUGGUGCCGGCGCUGGUGUUCCUGCCGGUGCGGCGCCGCGCCACGCGCCGCGCGACCGUCACGCUGACGCUGACGCCGGCCUAACGCCGCGGCGCGACGCGGGCGCACGCGGCCAGCGACGACACCGCCGCGUGCGCGCGCCUACGAUCGCUGAACUCUACUAACUACAUUUAACGCUGUGUGCCUUCAAGCGAUUGCUGAAAUAUUAUGAGACGUAUUUGUAAAGAAGCUGCCGCGGCCGCCCGCUCGAGCGCCACACCGCGCGGCGGCCCCCGGCCUCUUUUUGUCAGAGUCUAACUUCAUAUAUUGAGAAUUAUAUUGAACGGGUGAUAUAUGAAACGUUGCCGCUUAUAAAUUCGAUUAUUUAUUAUUAUCUCCUCGAUGUUCCGUCGGGUCGGUCCGAGACGAGUUUAUGAAACGUCGAUUUCGAUCGGGAGAAGAAAUACACCCUAGGAGUAAUUAUUAUUUAAAGGUAUUGUAUCGGUGAGUGCGCACUCACGAUAGCGUCGUAGUACCGGAGCGAUGUUGAUCACUGAGCAGCGCGGCUGCGCGCGCGCAGCUCCCCUCUACCGUACUACCGCGUACUACUACUACGACAACCGCUCUACCUCACCUCGUUAGUUUUUAUAUUAGCUGUUAUUGUAUAAAUUAUAUUUUGGAGUUACAAUGGAGUACAAAUAUACUAAGUUAGUGCGACACCGCGCCGGACGGAGGCCGCGCGCACACGUUAGCUACUCGAUACUAUUUAUUGUUGUCUACGAGUGACUUAAAGCACAAAGAUACGUACUAUUGGGCAGUGAUCAACAUUAAACGUAAUUUUAGUAUUAAUUGAUUAGAUAUGUGGUCGUGGGGCUCGGUGAGACGGGUUUUGUUGUGUCACACACCAAUAUAUAUAUAUAUACGGGUCCUCGUGUUGGGGCGCGGGGCUGAGCUAGGCGCGCCCCGCCGCAUUAUUUGUGUAUCGUAAACAUUAUGUGUUACUGCGCCGGCGCACCGCCGCUCCGCUCUGCAACAAUAUAAACAGCUACGACCGCUUUAAAUUUAAACUAAUGUUUUGAACUCAACGUUUUACGAUGUACAUUAUUAAUAGUUAUAUUAACUGCCAUCGAAAAAGACUGAACAUUUAAUAAUUCACGUGUCUGGCGGGGCGGGGCGGCGCACGCGUCGCUUAUAUUAUUAUCUUGAUAAUCAAGACUUAUUUGAUGGGUAAAAUGGUAACAAAGUUUGUUUAAUAAUUCAUUAUUGGUAGAUCAGUGUGGAGGUUAGCUUGUACAAACCAUGCAGCUUCUAAAGAAAGUUCCUAUGUAUGUACGUAAGUUGUAAUUUAAAUUUAAUGAAACUAGAGGUCGCCCCCGUGACGGCUCCGCACAGGAAUCGAACCUGAUUGUUGAGGUAAUCAUUGUGAUGAUGGAUCAGGGUAACCCUUAUCAGGACAGAGUGCUUGUGGUGGUGACACCAAGCUGACGAUAUAUGACAAAAUGAAACGGAUAAUAAUUUACGACAAAAGAAUAUUCUCUUUCAUUUUUAUAUCACUUGAAAAAAACUAUUUUCUAUCGAUAAUUCUGUCCUAAUUCUGUUCUGUUCCAAGACAUUAGUUUCGUUGCCAACGAAACGAGAAUCCUAUGAAGAUGUUUACUUCAAGUACUUGUAGAGUUCCUAGACAAAGUUCCAAACUGAGAUUCCUACUCCAAAACGUCAAAAUUAGUCAUUAGAGUUCAAAAUAAGUGCAGAGUGAAUUAUUUUGAAUACCUUCCGACGAGUCUUCCGGGAGUAUAGCCAAAGAGGCCUGCACGGAGCCGAGGCGCGGGCGCGCGAUACAACAAAUUAUAUUAAUAACGUUUUAAAUAAUAACAAAUUAAUACAAUUGUACGCGUGGUAAGAUCUCCAGCCGGCCGCCAUUUUCUAAGAGCAUCCGUGGAACAAUAGUAGAGGGUGCCGGGUUUUUAUUAUAUGUGGAGAAUGGACGCCGGCUCGGAUCGAGAUCAUUGGAUGUAGUGAAAAAAAUGUAUUAAAUAUUGUGUUCAGGAUGUUUCGUUUUCCAAAAAUGCGUUGUACUUGGUGUGGAGACCAGUUUUAGGGUUGGGGACGUAGCAGAGAUAGCUCACAUAUAAUAUACAAGCUAUAUAUCUAUAUGUUAGGUGAGGUCCUGUUGUAAUGUUGUCGGACCUCACCUAUACCUUCUCAAUAUACGUAUAACCAGUGCUACUUUUAAUGGGGAGAACCAUAUGAUGACCCUGUGAGAGAUUUUUAUUAUAUAAGACAAGUUAUAUAGUAUUGUAUUGUAGGCAUAACUCAUAAUAUGUAUUUACGCAAUGCUUGUUGAAAUAAUAAUGAAAACUUAGAAACAUGCAGCUCAUAGAAAUGCACCGAAUACAUGAAUAAUAUUGAAUUAUUUCGUGUUGGUCAAUUAUUAUGUAUUCGGUUGAAUUAUUCAAUUUUUCAGUAAGUUUAAAGGAAAACCGCCAUCGUACGGUGAAUUAAUAAUUAAUUAUUUAAUACCUACUCGUAAUAGUAACCGCUACAUAUAAACUUACUGUUAACAAUUUUACUUUUUCAGUCUAUUGUGAUUAUUAUUAGGUAAAUUACAAAAAGGGUAAUAAUUACAAUGUAAAAAUACCUAAUAAUAAAAAUAAAAUUGGUGCUAACAAUAUUUGUUAGCCUCUGCGUUGAAAUUUCCAUAUAAUAGUAAAAUAUGUAAUAAUUUUAUAACUAUUUAUGUCUUAAAAAUACAUGUCUGUCUGUCUGUGCUACGUCCGCAACGUACCAAUAGUACAAAUUUGUUAACCAAGUAUGUAAGGUAUCGGAGUUUGGUAAACAAAUAAUAAAACAGUACAAAUUAAUUAUUAAGCGUAGUUUGGAAGGUUAACAGGAGUGAUAUUAAUAGUUAACAAUAAUUCACUCAAGUACAACGCUUAGAAACAGCCAAUACAGUCGCACGUCUCCCAAAAUAAUAAUUCCUAUUAUUAUUUUAAAAUACGUACUAUUAUUAUUAUUAGAUUUGCAUUUCAUUAUUGUUAUUGCAAAAAAUGAUUUUUACUUUGUAAUAAUGCAAUGGUAAUUUUGCAAAAUGUGAAAAAAUAAUAAAAUAAUGAUGUUGAAAACAUUUAAAAGAAACUAUUAUUGUAUGCUUUACAGAGAAAGCGAAAUAAAUGUUUUUUGGUGACACGGGUAAUGUUUAAACAAAAGUGUUUUUUGCAAAAAUAAUAUUAAUUAUGUUCCUAUGUAUGUAAUUAUAGUUUAAGUAUUUUAAUAACAAAUGGACAAAAUGUCUUCGCGGUUUAUUUCAGAUCGAGGUUUUUUAAUAUUUUGAGAAGAUCUGAGAUGCAGCCGUGAUACAUUUUGUUUAUUAUUUUGUCAGUAUCAAAUAUUUGAGAGGUUUACUAUUAAUAAUAGUAUUUGAUCCUGACAGAAACGUUAUGAUCUCUAACGCAAAGUUCCUUCAUUCCAAAACUAAUGUAAUUUGUUCUAGUCGUUCGUAACUUUAGGUUAUUCGUAUUUUCAGUGCGACUGUAUUUUGUAAAACGUGAAAAUAUUUUUUCGAGUUACUUAUAUAAAACUGUGUUGUUUCUAGUCAAAUUAUUUUAUAAAAAAAAACAUUUUACUAAUGUGGAUUGCCAGUUCGGGCAUAUAAUAAUAAUAAUAAAAUAUAUAUUUAGGAAAUUACAAAAUAUAUGGAGCAUAACCUGAAUGGAUAUUUAUUAAUUUAAAUUGCAGCAGCGAUUUAAAGAAUAUUGGCGUCCACAUUGGAUAAAAUUAUAUUUUAAAAUAUAUAAAGAGAAUUAUAUUCUGGCUUUAGGAGAAAGCCAAACCUUAUGCCGCAUCCAUGUUGUACAACUUAUUACACAUCCUCACAACAGAACAUAAUUACACUCAAAAAAUAUUACAAAAAAUAAAAUGUGAAAUAUAUUUUCUGGAAAUAAUAAUACCACAAAAAUAUAAACAGAAUUAUUUUAUUAAACAAUAAAACAUGUAGUAUGACAGGUGUUAUUGUAAUAUUAUUUUUGUAGAGUAAUAAGACUUGUGGGUCCUGAUAUAAUUGGAUAAUGGUCAGUCGGUAAUGAGUUGUACAAUGUGGUCUGCGGUCGGUAUAUGUUCCUAGCUCCGUCUGUUUGUUAUGUAUUUGUUUUCCAUUAAUUACUACGAAGCAUUUCUACCGUAUUCAAUAAAUUAAAUAUACAAAUAAA